UUCCCUCUCCCCCCGCGCUCCGCACUUGGUCCCGCCCAGCCGGGACCGGAAUCCGCGGGCUCUUAAAGGCGCCGCGGCCAUUUCCCUACUUCCCGCGUCCGGUGCGGCCAAGCUCGUGCAGCGGGCGGGGCCCGUGCCGCGGGGGCCAUGGAGGACGAGAACAUCUUCCUCUUCGUGCCCAACCUCAUCGGAUACGCCCGCCUGGCCCUGGCCGCCGCCGCCUUCUACCUGAUGCCCACGGCCCCCGCGCCCGCCGCCGCCUGCUACCUGCUCAGCGGCCUCCUGGACGCGGUGGACGGACACGCGGCCCGCCUGCUCGGCCAAGGCACGCGCUUCGGGGCGCUGCUGGACAUGCUGACCGACCGCUGCGCCACCAUGUGCCUGCUGGUGAACCUGGCGCUGCUGUACCCGGCGCACGCCGCGCUGCUGCAGGCCAGCAUGGCCCUGGACGUGGCCAGCCACUGGAUGCACCUGCACAGCUCCGUGCUGCGGGGCAGCAGCAGCCACAAGAGCGUGGCCCUGACGGGGAACCCGGUGCUGCAGCUGUACUACACCUCGCGGCCCUUCCUCUUCCUCAUGUGCGCCGGCAACGAGCUCUUCUACUGCCUGCUCUACCUGCUGCACUUCACCGAGGGGCCCACAGUGCUGCCCGGACGCCUGGGUCUGUUCCGCGCCGCGCUCUGGCUCUCGGCCCCCGUGGCGCUGCUGAAGACGCUCAUCAACGUGGUUCACCUCGUCUCGGCCUCCCGCGAUCUGGCCGCCAUCGACCGCGCCGAGCGCCGCGCGCGCUCCCACUAGUGCCCGGGCUGGGGCCAGGCUGUGCAGGGCAGGGCUUGCCCCCCGCUUCCUGCCUCCGGCCCCCGGUGUCUCACAAUGCCCUGCAGCAUUGUCCAGUGUCCCGCCACCUCGUUCCGUCCUCGUUCUCCCCACGGUCCUGGGUGGGGUAUGGGCAGCCAUAUUUAUUCUAGAGCCACCCCCACCCCCAUGCACCUGCCAUGUCUGCUCGUCCCACAAUCCUUUGUGGCAGUCAUUCCACGUCCCAGGGGCCUUUGCAGCCCGGGGCUGUCACUGCCCUGGGGUGGUUGGGUCUUGCCCUCCCUGCUCCUAAUAAACAUGCUUGGGCCCCGGG